AUGCUGCGCGUUACUACGUCGUCUGUUUCUCAACGAAUCUCAAAGCAAUGUUUACCUUAUCGUCUGCUAGUAACACAUCUGCGACAUCGACCGAUUCAACACAAGGGACCUGUGUCGAGCCCAUUUCAAAGCUUCUCGAGUACGCCGUUGCUGCUUAAGAAGAAAGACCGGGGUAAAAGCAACGCUGCAGAGUCCGAAGGCAAUCCAUCGAAGCUAGCAGCGACACCAGACGACCCGUCUGACCUCUCUCAAUUGCAGGAGGGAAUUGUAGCCGCCGUGUCUCGGCUCAAGGAUGAACUCUCCAAGCUUCGCAUGGGUGGCAGGCUCGGCACUGAUGCCAUCGAGAGCCUGCGGGUUCAAAUUAGCAAAGGAAGCAAGGACAAAGUGAAACUCGGGGAUCUGGCGCAAGUUUUCCCUAAAAGUGGUCGAUUGGUAGCUAUUCUGGUCUCCGAAGAAGAGCAUAUAAAGCCAAUCACCUCCGCUAUUGUUUCCUCCGACUUGUCUUUGACUCCACAGCCCGAUCCCCAUAAUACUCUUCAGCUUAAUGUGCCUAUUCCACCCCCUACCAAGGAGUCUCGUGACAAAACCGUCAUAGCUGCGAAGUCCGCGAUGGAUAAAGCCAUUGCUGCAAUCCGUGAAUCGCGAGGUGUUGUGCAUAAACGCCUGCAGGACAUGCAAAAGAAGAAAAUCGCUCGCCCCGACGAUGCCCGCAAAGCCCAGGAUCAGAUGGAAAAACUAACAGAAAAGGGACAAAAAGAGGUGAAGGAUCUUUUCGAGGCAGCGAAGAAGGGCAUGGAGCGUACAUGA